UCUGAUGGGCGUGCGCCGCUCAUCCAACGCAUCCGUGUCCAAACAUAACGACACCUCUCCAGGAGAUGCAGACCUGAACCCUCUCAAUCACCUUGGACUACGGGUCGCCAUGCCCACACUUCGCUCUACACAGGGAUACUCGCCCCAUUCCUCGCACCUCAAUAUUAGCUCCCCUUUUCCUUUCUCUUCUCUGAGGUCAACCUUCUCGGACACACCAGAAUCAGAUACCCUCCCUAAAUCUGCGCCUCUUUCUCGUGUAGGAUCGGGCUGGUUCGGCAAGCCCUCUGGAAUUGCAAGAACACGUACUGCUUCAAGUAUUCAUUCCGUUGGUGUCGGAACGGGGAUGACCAUGAAUGGACUUGCUCCAUUAAAACACGAUACGACCAAAGAGCUUAGUCCUGCUGACUUGGAAGCAGAGACAAUCGAGCAAAUCGAUUCUAGGCCAACGGCCCUCCAUGCUCGUAAGCGUGAUGCCAGUGCUACACUACAGAGGUUCAUAGAAGAGGCCAGGCCAUCCUUGCUCGAUAAGCUAUUGAUGCGGGUUCCAUAUUCUAGGUCCUACUAUCUUCCUACGAA